AUGUCGUCCACAGACGCGUUCGAGCACCAAAACUUUAACGCCGUGGAUUUCAUCAAUCGAGUGCUCCCGGACGAACGCGCGCUCGCGGGCGUCGAUAAGAUGAUCGCGAAGCUCCGCGCGCGCGUGAAACUGGUGGACGCGGAAAUAUUGGGCGCGCUGCGAGCGCAACACGGGAGCGAAGCGCGAGCGAGGGACGAUUUCGAGGUGAUCGUGAGCGGGAUCGACGCGCUCGCGGAACGCGCGACGGAGACGGAGAGAAAGGCGGCGGCGACGGAGGCGAACGUGCGAGAGAUAUGCGCGGAUAUAGUGCGAUUAGAUAGGGCGAAGAAUCACUUGACGAAUUCCAUCACGACGCUGCGACGGUUGUCGAUGUUCGUGAGCGGGAUGGAACAGUUGGAGUUGUUCGCGUUGCGGAGGCAGUACGGGGACGCGGCGAAUUUGUUGCAGGCGGCGUCGCAGUUGGCGACGCACUUCGAGGGGUACUCGCAGAUUCCGAAGAUUGCGGAGUUGCAGGAAAAGUAUCGCGGGGUGAAGAAUCAGUUGCGCGCGGCGGUGUUUGAUGAUUUUCACACGACGUGGCUGCCGCACGUGAUGGACGGCGACGCCGCGGCGCAGAAGAAAUUACGCGACGCGUGCCUCGUCGUGAACGCGCUCGAACCGAGCGUGCGCGAAGAGUUAGUCGGCAACCUCACAAACAGAGAGCUGACCAACUACGCGUCAGUUUUCAGCGCGCACGAGAGUGGAGAUUUCCUCGGUCGCAUCGCGAGACGGUAUGAUUGGAUCACGCGACAGUUACAAUCGAAGGAGUCCAUGUGGGCGGUAUUUCCAGCGCAUUGGCGCGUGCCACAACUUUUAAGCGUGUCUCUUUGCAAGCUCACGCGCGCACAACUCGCGGAGGCGCUUGAUGCCCGCGGGCCGCACGACGUACAAAAGCUCUUGCACGCGAUGCACGUCACCAUAGAAUUUGAGAUGGAGUUAGACGAGCGUUUCGGCACUGGCGCGGGUGUGGAAGACGACGAGCUCGAAGGUGACAGUGCGUCGGCUUCGAUGCUCCGGCAGAAACUCGAGCGCGCUGAGCGCGAGAAACAGACAGAAAACUUGCGCGGAGGGCGCGUCCUGCCCAUGGAUUCGGCCGCGGAAGCCGCGGCGACGUUCAUGUUUCGGGGGAGCGUUGGAUCGUGCUUCGAAGAUCAUCUCGCCGAUUACGUCGCACUCGAGCGACGUCAAUUAUUUGAGCAGAUCAACGAAAGUAUUCGAAACGAAACUUGGCAGGGUGACGAAACAAACCCACGAAUUUUGGCGAGCGCGACGAGCGUGUUCGUACAAGUUCUCAUCGCGUACGCCAAGGCUUUGAACGAACGCAUCGACGUCGCAGCGUUGAACGCGACGGACGCUCGCCGUCCCGAGGCGCAGCGAGCGGCGGAAAUCAAGUGCAUAUGUCUCAUCGUCAAUACGGCUGAGUAUUGCAACGAAACCGUCGGUCCACUCGGUGAUUCUAUGGUCAAAUCGUUGGAAGACAAUUUCAAGGAGAAAGUCGACAUGAUGGACGUCGAAGAUGCGUUCAGCACGACACUGUCUGAGGCACUGAACAAACUCAUCGGCGUGGUGGAGGCGAAAUCAAACCUCGUCUCUGGGAUGCUUCGCGUGAACUGGGGCGCGCUCGACGUCGUCGGCGACCAGAGCGAGUACGUAGACACGUUCGAACGCGCUAUUGCGCACGCGAUGCCUGUGCUUCGCGCUUCAGUGAGCGACAUCCAUCACACAUUCUUUUGCGAGAAACUGGCGUCGUCAAUCGCGCCGAAAUUGUACAUCGCAGUGUUCAAGUGCAAGCGCUUUUCGGAAAUCGGCGGUCAGCAACUUUUGCUCGACAUGCACGCGGUGAAAGCAAUUUUACUGUCCUUGCCCGCCAUAGCCGCUGCCGGUACGGACGUCACCGCCGAACCAUCGGCGCCGCCGAUGAGUUACGCGAAGAUGAUCGCUCGCGAGAUGGGCAAAGUCGAAGCGCUCGUGAAAACUAUCCUCUCCCCGAACGACGGAUUGGCGGAAACGUUCAAAGCCCUCCUUCCCAUGACAGCCAACGCCACGGAUUUCAAAGCUAUUUGCCUGCUCAAGGGCAUGAAACCAAACGAAAUCUCCGAGCCCCCGUUCGGGCUCUUCGCCUCGGUCGGCGCUCCCGCCAGCUCCAAGCCGCUCGAGGAUUUACCCAACGUCCCGAACAGACCCAAGGCGCCGCGCAUGGACAACGUCACCGCAAAAAUGUCUGGCAUGUUCAAGCAGGGCACCAAACAAUAG